AAAAAAGUUGAGAAUGGUAGAAUACUCUGUGCUGUUUAUCCGGAAAACACUUCGAUGGCAUGGAUUAUUCCAGCAAGGUACAACCCAUACAGUAUGCCAAAAACUCUUGCAGAUGACCGAUUGUCUUUACCUGCUGAAGAUUACGUGACGAUUCUUUUAGAAGACAUUAUGUGUUUUUGCAUAUUUUACAGUCGAUUACUUGCAUUUUGGGUCUCACUGUCUAUUAUAGUUCUUGUGAUUAUCCUUCUUUCACAGCCAAAUGCAGGGUUACCAAUCCUUAUAUUUACUUUUGUAUGGAUGAUUGUUUUUUUUGCUGGUAUAAUUGGAGUCUUGGUCAUCAAGAAACAGAUUCUUAUUGGUUUGAGACACUGUGUACAGUCAGCAAAUAAGUUCCUAGUUCGAAGUGAUAUUCUUGCUGGAAUUGACGACCGUGGUGUACUCUCCUGUCAUAAAGUAGUGAUAAUUUUUAUGUUUAUAAGGACAGGGGAAUGUUUGCCAGAUGUACAACGUCUGAUCAGGCAGCAAAAUGCUAUGGCUGUAAACGGUCCAAAGCAAAUGAGCCAUAAAGAAGUUGAAGAACUUUCUGAAACGCUGGUUUUAAAAUACAGUAACAAUUUUGUGAAAGAUACAACAAAGAAGAAAUUAACAUUUCCUACUCGGCCGUUGGAAGGUGUUUCUGAAUUUGCUCCAAAACAUUGUGCCACUUCAUACUGCAUUUGUCAGUAUAUUGAAAAGCAUUUUAAUCGUCCACGUCGAGAAUGGUAUGAUCGAAUUAUUUGA